AUGAAAUGCGAAACAAUCUCCUGCCAUCCUCCCCAAAUCCCAAUGUGUGAGGUUUCUCUCGUUGAUCGAGCUCUGAAACCCAAUAGUAACCAGUCCAUGUUCGUUAAGAAAAUCGUCGACGUCGUUAUUCAAAGGCUCAGUACCAUUUCAUGCUCAGAAGGAGAAGAGCCUGAAAUGGCUACUCCAUAUGGACUCGAACAUCGGAUCAAGCAAGUCGAGGAAAAGUUGGGUUUUGAUCUCUGCGACGAAACUCGAAUCGUCGGUAUCGUUGGGAUGCCUGGUAUUGGAAAAACCACUCUCGCCACGGAGCUUUUCAACAAGAAUAGACACAAGUUUAAUCGUUGCGUGAAUUUCCUGGACAUCCGUGAGAGGUUGUUGACAUUUCGUGCUGAUUGUUUGAGACAGAAGUUCCUUGCAGAUUUACUGGAGGACCCAAAGAUAGAAAUACCUGAUGGGACUACAUACGAUGAUUACUUAAAGAGUAAACUUCAGUUGACUAAAGUCUUUCUUGUUCUUGAUGAUGUGAGUUGCGCAAGACAUAUAAAUGUUCUUCUUGGGGACCAAAACUGGAUUAAGAAAGGAAGCAGGAUUCUUGUUACAACCCGUGACAGGGCUUUCAUCACCGAGUUGGAUCCAAAUGCUUACGUGGUUCCAAGAUUGAAUCUUGAAGAUGGGUUGAUGUACUUCAGCUUUUAUGCUUUCGAAGAUCGAAUCUGCAAUCCCGAGGUGGGAGAUUAUCUGAAAAUGUCUAGAGAAUUUGUGGAUUACGCUAGAGGCAACCCAUUAGCUCUCAGGGUUUUGGGUAGGGAUCUUCUUGGAAAAACCGAGGAUCAGUGGAAAUUGCGGCUUGAUACGUUGGCAAAAAUGCCCAACAAGAGGAUUCAAGAUCUAUUGAAGAUAAGUUAUGAUGAACUUAGUGAAGAGGAGAAAGAUGCGUUCCUUGACGUAGCGUGUUUCUUCAGAUCAGAGGAUGACUAUUAUGUGAGAAGUUUAUUGGAUUCAGGGGAUCAUGUUUCCUCGGAGGCUGCGAGUGAGAUAACUGAUCUUGCUUACAAGUUUUUAAUUAGUAUAGCUGGCGGACGCGUAGAGAUGCAUGAUUUACUACAUACAUUCGCCAUGGAACUCUGUUCAUUAUCAUCCUCUGCAACUGAUCAAGCAAAAUGUAGGCUGUGGAAUUGUAACUCCAUUGUUGCUGCACUACAGGGAAAAAUGGAAAUCAAAAAUGUGAGAGGCAUUUCUCUAGACAUUUCUCAAGUAACAAAAAUGCCUAUAAGCAGUUCAGUCUUUACCAAAAUGUGCAAUCUUCGGUACCUUAAAUUCUACAGUUCUACUUGUCCUCGGGAAUGUGAAGAUGACUGCAAGCUAAACUUCCCUGAUGGACUUUCGUUACCACUGGAAGAGGUCAGAUACCUCGACUGGCUGAAAUUCCCGUUGGACGAACUUCCAUCAGACUUCAAACCCAAGGACCUUGUAGAUCUCAGGCUGCCUUACAGCAAGAUUAAACAAGUCUGGAAAGUUUCCAAGGAUACACCGAAACUGAAGUGGGUUGAUCUUAACAACUCGAGAGAGUUAAAGACAUUGUCAGGGUUUUCAAAGGCUCCAAAUCUUUUGAGAUUGAAUCUUGAAGGUUGCACAAGCCUAGAUUGUUUAUCUGCUGAAGAGAUGCAAACAAUGGAAAGUCUUGUUUUCUUGAACCUCAGAGGAUGCACAAGUCUCUGGCAUCUACCGGAGAUGAAUCUGACUUCAUUGAAAACUCUUAUCCUCAGCGGCUGUUCGAAGCUUCAUAAAUUUCCGCUAAUUUCAGAAAAUCUAGAAUCUAUGUACUUAGAUGGAACUGCAAUUAAGGAUCUCCCUUCAGACAUUGUGAAGCUUCAAAGACUUAUCUUAUUGAAUCUAAAGGAGUGUAGAAGACUGGAGAGUAUUCCAGAGUGUAUUGGAAAGCUAAAAGCUCUUCAAGAACUGAUUCUCUCUGGUUGUUCAAAUCUCAAGAGUUUUCCGACUGUUGUAGAUAACAUGGAACAUUUCCGGGUUUUACUACUUGACGGAACUUCAAUCGAAGAGGUGCCAAAGAUGUUCCGCGGUAGUAACAACCUAUUGUUUCUGCGGCGUCUAUCUUUAUGCAGAAAUGAUGCGAUCUGCAGCUUAGGAUCUGAGAUCAGUCAACUGUAUCAUCUCAAAUGGUUAGACUUAAAGUAUUGCAAGAAACUCAUAUCUCUUUCGACACUUCCACCGAAUCUACAGUGCUUAGAUGCACAUGGUUGUAUCUCCUUGCAAACAGUCAUGAGUCCUCUAGCCUUUAUUAUGCCAACGGAAGUGAUUCACACCAUGUUCAUCUUCACCAAUUGUUGCAAACUCAAUGAAGUCGCAAAGAAUGAUAUUGUAUCCCACAUUCGGAGAAAAAGCCAAAUGAUUUUAGAUGAUCACCACAAUGGGAGUUUUGUCUUCCGAGCUUUGAUCGGGACUUGCUACCCUGGAUACGAAGUACCUCCAUGGUUCAGUCACCAAGCCUAUGGUUUGGAGUUAGAACAAAAGCUACCUCCACAUUGGUGCAACGAUAAGUUUCUUGGAAUAGCUCUAUGUGCCAUCGUCUCGUUUUGUGGCUACAAAGAUCAAAACAAUCGUCUUCAGGUUAAAUGCACAUGUGAGUUUGAAAACUUAGAUGCAUCAUGUAGCCGGUUUAGUGUUCCAGCUGGAGGUUGGUUCGAACCAGGGAAUGAGCCCCGUACGGUCGAGUCAAACCAUGUCUUUAUUGGCUACAUAAGUUGGUUGAACAUCAAGAAACGACAAGAAGAGGAUUACAGGAACGGAUGUAUUCUUACUGAAGCUAAGCUUAGAUUCCAAGUGACAGAUGGGACUGGUGAAGAUAUUGCACAAUGUGAAGUGGUGAAGUGUGGGUUUUCUUUGGUGUAUGAACCUGAUGAUGAAGUUAGUAAUGGUGUUUCUUCAGGGGUGGUGACAAGAAUGAAUGCUGGGCAAGGUGAGGUAUCCACUGAAGACAGCAGUGAUUAUCCAAUUGCAACUCCAACAACAGCUCACGCUUCUUCAAGUGAAAACAGUUUCUCAUAG